UUCUGCCCUUCUUCUGCUAGAUAAAUAUUCCAUAUCGCGCGCUAGUACAUGCAGCUAGCGUCCGUCGGCCAAAAAGUUAUUCUGUCUCUCUCCUGUGUGACUUUCAAAGCCCCCGUCGCAGCAGCCUUUUACAUCUACCACCAAUCACCAGAGCAUAUAGGCUUCAGGAACAAACCUCUCAUCUCCUAAUCGCCGCCUUCCGCCCCAGCAAUUCCAACAAGACCAAUAUCCCAGGAGAGCAAGAAGAAUAUCACGAAUAUCACCCCGGAAAUGGACCACGAACCGCCAAUCCUGCGUCCCCGUGCCCGAAAACCUUUUGAGCUCGCCUCCUCUUCCACCGAAACCUCUGAGUCCCCGACCCCCAUUCUAGAAAGCUCAAGCUCCACUACCGCCACGAUGGCCAACAAUACCAACCAAGACUCCCUUGACCCUUCUGCUGCCUCUUCAUCCAAAGACUCCCUCGCUGCCAGCCGCACCCGCUCAAUCCUUAACCUCACCUCGUCCACCCUCCUUGGAAUCUACUCGCCCUCUACCCUCGAUAGUCCCCGCUAUGAGCUCUCCGCCUGGGACGCCGCCGUUGCCAGCGGCACCCAAACACCCACCACUUCAUAUAGCCCAUAUCCCCAGCGCUUCUCCCAGGCUACCACCACGACAACUGCCAGAGCUAGAACACCAACCGCAAGCAUAACCAAAACGAUUAACCCCUCUUCCACUUCCUCCAGACGCACCAGAUUCAUGCGAACACCUCGCCGCCGGCGCACCCUACGUACCUUCUACCUCCCACUCCUCCUUCGCAGCGCCCUCCUGUUCGUCUUCGGCGUCGUCUACGGCACCAUCAUCACCCACCUGCACGACAACCCGCGUGUGACGCCCAUAAAGAUCGAGAACAUCGAUGUCAUCAAGCGUGGCUCGUGGGUGUAUAUGGUGUUCUGGGGUGUGGCGGGCGUGGCGCUGGGGGGCCUGCUACCGUGGUUUGAUGUUGUUUGGGAGGAGUUUGUGGAAGGGGAGAGUGAAGGGGAAGGGGUGGUAGUGGGAGGGGAGGAGACGGAAGGGAGCAGUGGAAAUGUAGAGGUUAGUAAUAGGGAUCUGAAUGGGAGCGGGGAUGGGAGUGGGGUUGUGCGCGCGAAUGGGAAUGGGAAGGUACCCGUGCAGGUGGACAGGGAGCAAUUGAAGGAUUCAGGAUCCAUAGCGGCCGAUUGGAAUCAAGUUGUCAGGAGCAUCGGUGCGUUUGUGGGGAUUGCGUUUGCGAUUCGCAAACUCCCCUGGCAAUCAACUCUGCAAGUCUCCCUAACCCUCGCGCUCGUCAACCCGUUCCUCUGGUACCUCAUCGACCGCUCAAAGCCAGGUUUCAUGCUCUCCACCGCCGUCGGCUUGCUGGGCAUGGUCACGCUACUGGGCAUCAAUCCGGACGUCGUGCCGGGCCCGACGGUGAAUGCAGCUGAAUCUGCUGUUGCUGGUAAUGGUUCAGGGAUUCUGUCGUUCGCGUCCCAGGAGAGUAUUGCGGUAGGGACAUGGAUUGCCAGUGUAUUGUUCUGCAGCUGUGUUUGUUUUGGGAAUAUUGGGCGCCGGUUGGCGGUUGGUUGGGAGAGCUGAGCUGGACAUCUGGCUGUUUGUUAACGGUUGGAGAGAGAGAGAGAGAGAGAGAGAGGACCGUCGUUUGGUCUCAUCUCAUUUCUCGCCGAGAAAAUUUUUUGCUUCUUUGCUUUUCUGCCUUCCCCCACCUUUUUUUGUUUCCUAUAUAAUUUUUGUUUACUACUUUUUUUUAUAAUUAACGCUGGCUGCCGUUGUUAUUUUUCUAUGGGAUUACAAUCCGGCUGGGAAAGGCGGCUUUUAAUGCAGGGGGCCUCCUUCACCUAUGUUGGGGGAGUGAAGUGGAAAGAAAAAUCACAAAGUUGGAAAUACGCACUCGAUCAGCCAAGGGGAAAGGAUGGAGAGAAGGAGGAAGCGAGAAACUUGAUGUUUACAAUCUCAACUAUGGUAAAUGGUGGCGAGGAGGUAAAAUUAGAGAUAACAUUAUUCGAUUGCUUGAUUCCCCAGGGCAUGUAUGUAUUCUUUCUCAAUGUACUUUUAUUGACAGUUUG